AUGGCGACGACUACGAUGGAAGGCUGCUUCGCUGUCGCCGGUAGGGCGGUUGACAUAGGCUUUGUAGAGGCGGCCCUUCCUGACGAGUAUGUUGCUGAUGGCGGCGUCAUUGUUGUCGAACCAGUCCUGAUGUUGACGGCUUGCGUGACCGAGGACAGCCAGGGCCGUCGACUGGACUGUGUCCCGCAGAUGGCACUAUCGGUUCUCCACGGAGGCAUUCUCGUUGGCGGCCGCGGCAGCGACUGGAAGGUUGGCUAG